UAGUCUAGUCUACAGGGAGUUAGUGCUUCUAUUAGUGCUGUUGUUGUUGCUGUCUUCAUUUCCCGCUUCGAGCCUACCAAACCCUAGACUCAGCCCCUCUCGUACUCACUUACUUGCCCAGGCUGCGUCUCGCACUUCCGCACCCGCGCUGCCAGCCAUGGCGCACAACAACCCAUCUCACCUUAUGCCUUCUGAGCUCAUUGAUAGAUGCAUUGGGUCGAAAAUUUGGGUGAUUAUGAAGGGGGACAAGGAGCUGGUGGGAACCCUGCGGGGGUUUGAUGUGUACGUGAACAUGGUGCUGGAAGACGUCACGGAGUACGAAAUAACUAGCGAAGGGAGACGUAUCACAAAGCUUGAGCAGAUAUUGUUGAACGGAAACAACAUAGCAAUCCUUGUUCCGGGAGGGGGACCAGAGUAGCAGAUUUCGGAACAAAGCUUCUUCAAAUUUCAGGCCCUCACUCAAGGCUUCAGACAGGUCUCUCUCGCCGAGUGGUUAUGAUUCGAUACGUUGAAUGUGCGAGACUAUCAUACUUUUUUACGUGGUAGCCUAUUUUCUCAGGUUAGAGGGUUAGGUUUAUGGCAUAUUUUAUUCUGGGUGAGUGUUGAGGGUCUGGGCGUCUGACUGGUUCUUCCUCUGAGAAUGUUCGGAGUACACUUCGAAGCAACUCCCCAGCAUACUAUGCAUGUGAGGUCUGAAACUUGACGAACUUAUGUGGUGAUUGUAUAAUAACUUAAACUCUGGAAUGGAAUAUUAUUUGUAUAAAUUA